UGGCGUCACGCUGCUGAUUACGUCAUCCACCAGCGACAGACGCUUCUGUGCGACAUUUGUUUACAGCACACGAUGGCGUCGGUGGAUUUGAGAGACAACAACCUCCUGGGGAUAUCGUGGGUUGAUAGUGGCUGGGUGCCCAUCCUCAACCCUGGCAACGUACUGGACUAUUUCUCCGAGAGGAGUAAUCCGUUCUACGACCGCACCUGUAACAACGAGGUGGUGAAGAUGCAGCGGCUCACUCUGGAACAUCUCAAUCAGAUGGUUGGAGUGGAGUACAUUCUCCUUCAUGCACAGGAGCCCAUCCUCUACAUCAUCAGGAAACAGCAGAGACAGUCUCCCACUCAGGUCAUCCCUUUGUCCGACUACUACAUUAUAGCCGGAGUGGUGUAUCAGGCUCCUGAUCUGGGAACAGUUAUUGGCUCCAGAGUGCUGUCUGCUGUCCACGGUGUCCAGUCUGCCUUCGAUGAGGCCAUGUCGUACUGUCGCUAUCACCCAUCUAAAGGAUACUGGUGGCACUUCAAAGAUCAGGAGGAGAGAGAUGCCAAAGCCAAGCCGAAGUCGAAGAAGAAAGAGGAACCCAGUUCCCUGUUCCAGAGGCAACGUGUUGACACACUUCUACUCGAUUUGAGGUCCAAGUUUCCUCCAAUGUUUUAUCAGCCUAAGCCUGGUGAGAAGCCCAUCCCAGUGGAGGUGAAGAAGGAGACUGAACCCCCUGUAGAGCUGGUGAAACAGGAAGAGAGAGAGAGAGAGCCAGCCACCAAGACCUCUGCUCCAGCUCCCCCCAGCAGCAAACCACCUCCAGAGAAACGGGCCAGGCUACAGUGAUGACCGAUGGCCACUCGUGUAUAUAUGUCCAUCCUUCAAAGAAAAUAAUAAGGAGAAGACAAAAACCUCACAUUGCUCUUGCCAGUAUCACCUUUUGUUAAUUCUAGCUUAUAUGUGAGCCUCUUGGCCUUCGUCAUGAUGUCCAUUCUCACAUUGGCAAGGCACACUGAAAGGACAUAUGGGACAGGUACAACCCUAUCUGACUGAACAAGGCUAAGGAAGUGGUUUGUGUCUGAUGGAAGGUGUGUGGAAAUGGACCGACAUCCCAGUUUCCAGACCAUAACAACCCAUCAUCCUGUUUCUGAAGGGCUUGGAAUGGCAUUAGGCAAAUGAAUAGUCACAAAUGGCAUCCUAUUCCCUACAUAGUGCACUACUGUUGACUAGGGCCCUAAUAGGCCCUAGUCAAAAGUAGUG